UGAUGAUCACGAUGGUGAACAUUCGAAAGAUAUGGCAUGUGACACCGACAGCAAACGCGUGAAUUGCUCUCAGUGUGACAAAACGUUUUGCAACAAGUCAACUUUGAAAGCCCACACAAGAACACACACUGGAGAAAAACCUUUUGCCUGCUCAGUUUGUGAUAAAAGAUUCUCUAAAAAGACAAAUUUAACAUCACAUACAAGGACCCAUACAGGAGAAAAACCCUUUACCUGCUUAGUUUGUAGUCUAAGGUUCUCCAGGAAGGGAGAUUUGAGAAUUCACAAAAGAACACACACUGGGGAGAAACCUUUUGCCUGCUCAGUUUGUGGUCAAAGAUUCUCUAGAAAGGGAGAUUUAAGAAUACACAAAAGAACCCACACUGGGGAAAAACCAUUUGCUUGCUCAAUCUGUGGGAAAACAUUCUCUAUUAAGACAAAUUUAAAAAGGCACACACGGACGCAUGGCCGAGAGAAACCUUUUGCCUGCUCAGUUUGUGGUAUACGAUUUUCUAGACGGGGAGAUUUAAGAACACACCAAAGAACCCACACUGGGGAGACAAAUUUUGCCUGCUCAGUCUGCAGGAAAACAUUUUCUUCCAAAACAAAUUUAACAAGGCACACUGGAAGACAUGCUGGAGAAAAACAUGUUGCCUGCUCACUUUGCAGCCAGAGCUUCAUUGAUCAUUCCGAAUUGGAUAAACACAUGAAAACACACACUGGGGAGUAG